GCACACAGGCAGGCAGGCAGCUCACUUACACUAGAGUAACUUCAGUCCUGCGCAGAUAAAACUACUGCAACAAAAACAUCAGACUGCAUCAGACGAGAAAGAGCGAGAGACUGGAUUGGGUAACUUUUUGUGGAUUCCUUUGGACAUUGCAUAAUAACUUGUGUUUUUUAUUUAUUUAUUUUUGUUCAUCAGAUUUUUCUUACUUUUUGCUUACUAUCAGUCUGGCCAGAUGAGGAUUUUUUAGUAUAUGUGAAUAGAUUCCAUUUUAAAGCGAGAAGGCUCUAAACUUUAAGCCAUAUUUGACGCAAGUGUGAGAGUAAUCAGGAUCAGAGAGCAGCUGCCUGUUGGAGGAGAGGGAGGAGGUGGCGAAAGAUCUUUGAGGCAAGCACCCAGUUGUUCCGGCGAGGUGAUCUGAGUUAUGGAUGUGGACACAUUCUUGCACCGCUACUGAGGAAUAAACAGCCAGAGGGAAGGGAAAUACGUACACCUCUGCUCAUUUCCACGGAACUCAAUUUAAAACUCAUCUUUGUGCAGUCCGGAGGUCCCAGGAGGGUGGCUGUCAGGAGCGGACUGAGGAGUUGUGGCUCGCUCCCUCCCGGCAUCAGCUCAGCAUGCCCCAGCCCCUGAGCACCUCCACAGCUCUGUCAGCUCCACUACCAUGUGUAGAUGGACAGUGACCCAGGGUGCAGCAGCGGUCGUCUGGUUGUCCUCCUGCCCCGGCUGCAGACUUGUGUUCCUCUUGCUCUUCCUCCUGCUCAGACCCUCCUCCUCAACCCCACUCCCGUCCCCGGUGUCUACAGACUCCACAGAGAAACAGAAUGCACCUCAUCUGUUUUUCUCAAACCUGCCUCCCUCACCCGUCCCACUGCAUGCGUCUUCUGCAAGGUUGCCACGGGCAACCAAUGUGUCCUCGGCUACAGUUGUUGGGCGGCACGUGCGGAGCAGCUACACGCAUUUGCAAGGAGAUGUCCGCAGGCGAAAAUUGUUCUCCUACCAAAAAUUCUUCCUUCGCAUUGACAAAAAGGGAAAAGUUAACGGAACCAAGAGUGAGGACGAUCCUUACAGUAUUCUGGAGAUCAAGUCUGUGGACGUUGGAGUGGUGGCAAUCAGAGGCCUCAGCAGUAACUACUAUCUGGCUAUCAGCAAGAAGGGGGAGCUGUACGGAGCGAGUGAGUUUGGUCCGGAUUGUCGCCUGAUCGAACGCAUUGAAGAAAACAAAUACAACACCUAUGCUUCAGCUGAGUGGCGGAACAAAAGAAAGCACAUGUUUGUUGGACUUAACCCCAAUGGCAAGCCAAUGAGAGGAAAGAAGACUCGAAGGAAAAACACAGCAACGCACUUCCUGCCUAUUAUGGUACUACCACGGUGAUGUGAUGCCCAGGAGAGAGGCGGACACUUUGAAUCUCCUCUGAAAACUAUACUGAUGAGUCUAUGUGAUGCACUGAGAUGGAAAAGUUGCAAAAUGAUAAAUAUUUCUGUGUUGAAAAAGACAUUUAUUUUAAGAUAAAGAAAUGAGAUAUAUUGGUAUACAAUGUAUAUUUUAUUUUGCUUUAAGUUAUAAUUGUUGGCACAGCAGAAAACAUGAAAAGGAAUGGACUUCUGUGCCAAAAAAAAUCGGAUUUGUGUAGAUGUGAGCUAAAGGAAAUGCAGAGUGACCAAAAGCUAGACAGUUAGGGCAACGUUGAAAAGAGGACUUUAAAGUUCUGAGUGGAAGAAGCAGAGAUACAAGAGAAAGUCUAAUACUAUGAUAUUUUCUUUAAAUUUAUUUAUUUUGUGGAAUAUUUAAC